GAAGCCGACCAUGCAGAUCCACACGCAAAUUUCAGUCCCGUUGCUACGCUAGCUGCGGCAAUGGCCUGCAUUUCCAUGUGAAUAAUUAUCAUGCGCCAUGCAGUUGGGUGCCAAGGUGAAUUGUCAAACCACAUGCCACAAGGCACAACCUUGCGAGAUCCUACCACUAAACUCACAAAAACAAAAUGGACACGGAAAGGUUAAAAAGGUUCUUAAUCGGGUUGGUGGUAGGAUUAGCCAUAACGGCCUUGCUUCUCGUCGCCGAUGCCACAAGGCCCAAGAAGCGUGAUGAUAUCAGGUUGAACGACAGGGGUGAGUGCGUGUACCCCAUGAGCCUGUCUUUCUCGGCGAGUUUGGCCCAACUGGCUUUCGUUCUGGCUGUCGUCUCGCAUUACACCUCCCAAAACGGAUGCUGCAAGCCCCGCGACGGCGUCUCCGGAUCGAGCUUCGUGGCGGGCAUCAUCCUUGCCAUCAUCUCAUGGUCAAUGGCGUUGGACGCGGGAGGAAUCUUUCUCUUGGACAUGUUGGCGGUCUGGCCCGGGAACCACGGUAAAGCCCCGGAGUGUUACAACGGUGUUGAGGCGGAUCAUCAUCGCUAUAUGAAGGAGGCAUUCUACCGGAGCAUGUUCGCCAUCUUCUUUGCAGGCUGCUCCUCCAAGUUACGUUCCCCUCCUCCUCCUCCUCCUAUAGCAUCCUAGCUAGCGUACGUCGUCUCCGGCCCCAACAUCCCAUGGAUCUCCCAUCCCAUUGGAGGCUUCUUUUUUUUCUUGGUUUCCUCGUUUUGUUAACUGUAGAUUUGUAUGUUGGAGUAUGGAGCCAACUCCAUGUCGACCAAGCAGGAAUAAUGAGAGGAGGCUUCCCACCAAGAGAUGUUGAAGUGAAGGGGAAGGUUGAAUUGGAGAGAUGGAUGAAUCAGAUUUCUAAACAGGAUUGUUGAGUAACGUGAUUGUAUUAGGAAACAUAGGUUAGACUAGGAAAUAUUCUGGCUUGCUUUGUACUCA